AUGACAUCAACAACAGCUAUAGUUCUCAAUUUUAUUUCACUUAUUGAAACUAUAUUUAUUGGUGUUAUGUCCAUAUUCAUGUUUAGUGUAUUGUUGCGAUCAAUUAUACGCAAUCGUGAUGUAGUUUUAAUUUUGGUAGCUAAUAGUUAUGUAGCAUUACUCGCAUUUGCACUUAUAGCUAUAGCUGCUUUUCGUUUCUUUCGUGUGGUGUAUUCUUCUUCUAUAUGGCUACAAUAUAGUCUUACGUAUGCUGUGAUUAUUCCAAUUUUAUGGCUUAUCUCGUUUCUUUUUCUUUUACCGGUUCAUGCUUGGCAUGAUAUACAACUUAUGUCUACGGAAAGUAUUUGCGUACUAGCUAUACAUAGUGCUCGUGGAUUUAUUUGGUCUACUAUAUUUAUUUAUGGUCUACCAAUGAAUAUCAUCAAUACUAUUUAUUUUCAGUUAGCACGAUUUAUGCGUCGAUCACCUCUACCUACUUCAGCACGAACUAAACGUGAUGUAAUCGUAAUACAUCGUAUUGUAUUAGUUGUUAUUAUAUUAAUACUAAUGGGUGCUCCUUCUGUAGUAUUGGAACUAAUGUUACCUUUUACUGAUGUAGGAAAACCAUUGUUUUAUCGCAUUUCCAAUAUGACUAUAGUCACUGCUAUGCUUGCUCUUAGUUUUAUGCUUGUUUAUGUCACUCCUCAAGUUACAGAAAUACUUAUGCGUAUUGGAAAACAACAUCAAGUGAUACCUACAUACUCACAACCACGAUUUGGUUUACCUUCUACAACUAUAAAACGUUAA